AUGGUUGUUAUUGGUGUUUUCAAUGCUAACUGUGAUUUGGCUGACAUUCUUAAGAUUUGGUUUUCUAAAAGCAAAGGCCACAUCCAUAAUUUACUGCCUAUUGUGAUUAUUGGGUACCUUUGGAAAGGUAGAAAUGAUUAUAAGAAUAAGGAGAUCAAAAUGUAUGCUAACCAGAUUAUUUCUAAUGUGAGGGAUAAAAUUCUGCUGUUGAUUUCUGUUAAUCUUAUUUCUAAAAAAUAUUUUAUGAAUUUCAAUCUAUUAGCUAAUUAUUUUGCGAAGCUUACUAAAUCUAGUAAUGUGGGAAAGCUGGUUCGUAUUGUGAGGUGGUUCAAACCCAGUGCUCCUUUUGUUAAACUUAACACGGAUGGUUCUGUCAGUGCUACUAAUGCUGGUAUGGGUGGCAUUAUCAGGGACCACACUAGCAAUCUUAUUGUCGUUUUCUCUGGUCCCCUUUUUUUUUCUGUUUUGUCUACUGAGCUUUUGGGUUUGUAUAAUGUCUUAGAUAUGUGCUUGAGAUUAGGUAUUUAUAAUGUCAACAUUGAAGUUAAUCAUAAUCUGGUUAUUCAUGUGAUUUCUGAUAAUUAUACUGGUUGUCCUCAGGACUUUUACACUAUCAGAAAAAUUAAAAUGGCUCUUUCUAUGCUCACCUUUACUACUUCCCAUAUCUGUCGUGAAGGUAACGCGUGUGCAGAUUGGCUGGAUAAUUUUGGUGCUCAAAGUGAGAUUUUUCAGGAGCAUCUACUGAAUAAUCUGCCUAUUCCUCUUAGAGGCAUGAUUACCUUGGACAAGAUCGGUCUCCCUUACAUCCGUCAUGGUUGA